AUGGAGAAGAUGUCGGUAGAGUCAAACAGGCGCGCCUGGCACGCGGCCGACGCCGACACUCUCGUCGAUGGCAGAGACCAAACCCCUGAUUUGACCCAUAUGAUGUGCUGCCCCUGUGUCAACUACUCCCGCACCAAUGCCCGCUUGAAUGCAGCUUUGAAGGGGCAGAUGGAUGGUGUUGAGAACCCCAACAGAGACUCCUGCACAACUGAAUGUGUUCAGUUUGCCCUUUGCCUGCCUUUCUACAGUGUCAUGGUGUCCAGGCUCCAGGGAACUAUUCGUGCUUUCUAUAACAUUGAUGGUAAAGAAAGCGAGGACUGGGCGGAUGGCUGUUUCUGCCCAUGUGCGACAAUCGCUCGCAAUGAGGAAGAGGUGGUUUUCCGCGAGCGAAACCGCAGAGCCAAGAAUCUCCGUGUCUGUGAUUUCGAGGAUCGCAGUUCCGCAGAUGAGUACAAGACUCAGGUUCCCAUGUUUUACGGCUCGCCACGGGCAACUCAGUCCCCUCAGAUUUCCAGCCCACCACCCUCCAAGUCUGCUAUUUUCAACACUAAGGAGUCGGAGACUGACUUGGAUCCCUUGACAUCUAUCCCAGAGAAAGCGGCCUCUGCGAUCCCCGGCCCCUUCCCCAAGCCCAACAAUGUUUAUCUCAAGCCGGACACGAGGAAGUUCAACAGCUCAUCUUUUGAUUCCCCCGAAAUCGUCCCAGCCGAUGAGAAAUACGUCAUGACUAGCCCACUUUCUCCCCGGCCUCUCAUGGAAUACCUGGGCCAAAAGUGGUAUCUUGUCCCUGCAGACAACAAAGAAAAUGAUGACCCAUCCCAGGGGAAAGAAAAGUUGAAGUCCAAUGACGACCUCAAGCAGGAUCAGGUUGACAAGACACAGCCUAAAUCUUCCUUCGACAAGGGCGCGUUUCUGACCGUCCCCGCCAACGUUUUGGCCAAAGGAAAACACCAGUCUGCUCAAGACCAGCCCAGAGUUUCCUUCGAAAAGGAGAAAAUCCAAGCAGCUGCUGUUCAGCCCAGAGUUUCCCUGGAGAAGAAGAGAGACCAAGUUGGUGCUGCUCAGCCCAGAGCUUCCCUGGAGAAGAAGAAGGACCAAGUUGUUGUGGCUCAGCCCAAAACUUACCUAGAUAAGGGAAAACAUCAACCUACCCAGGGCCACCGAUUGAGCGAGGACAAGAAGCAAUAUGAAGCCCCCGCUGCCAAGAUUCACACUUUGGAGCACGACAAUAAGGAUUACCCUUCAUCUAUUGCCAUACCCCACAUGUUGGAGUUCGAAAGAUAUCGCCUCAACAAAGAAGAGGCCGGAGAUUCAGAGGGUGAACCUUCUUCGAAGCGCGCCCAGGGCCCGAAUCUGAUGGAAGGCCCUAUCAGGCCGGUGAUCGAACAUGGCAAAAGCCGUUUCACCGAGCAUCUCCUCGAAGAUGAUCGCCACUACGUGGCCUCUCCCACGCGAAGUGGUUCUCCCCACUUCCUAUCCGCUGAUGCAAUGGUGUCUCGUAUUCACGCGAUGGGCUCACCCCAUUUCCUUGAGGAUGAACAUCUUGCUCAAAACAUUGCGAUGGAGAGUAUCGAGGAGCCUUUUUCGCGUGUUGACUUGACUACAGCCAAUGGGGAAAAGUCCAGCAAGAGCAAGGGCAAAGAGGUUGUACGUGCUGAACCAGCCAAGCAAAAGGAAGAACCCAUGAGAGGCAGAACCGAAACGCGCAAGGGCUUCAUGGGAUUUAUGAGCAGAAAUGAGCAUAAAACCCCAGAGAUCGAUGCUGCUGAAACCACCACACCGAAGGCAGCUGCCAUGAGCCCCUCGCUCGAACUCAACCUCCCAGCUGAAGAGACCGAGGGCAUCUGGGCCAAAGGAUUCUGGCCCGGGACAUUUGCUUCCUCUUCGCAAUCAGCUGCGGCCUCACACGAUAUCGAUGAUGACGUCCGUGUCAUGACUCGACCUGAAGCCGCUUCACCCCAUGCAAUUGACACUGACGAGAAAAGAAAGGCUCAGCCUGAGAUAGUGGACCACAUCAUGAGCAGAGACUUCGCUGUCGAGAAUGAGAAAGCUGCAGUGACUGAUGCCAAGACUGUGGACAAGGCAGGCGACAAGCCUACCGAGACCACGACCAACCAGUCUACAGAGGCCACAGCCAUCAAGUCUGCCGAGGCCGCAGCCAACAAGUCUGCCAAGGCCACCGGGAGCAAGAUUGCCAAGGCCGCCUCACAGUUCUUCGGCGCAGGCAGCAAGUAG